AUGGCGCAACGGCGUUACUGUUCCGAUAAUGGCGGACAGAACGCGCCGUCGGUACCAUCAGCGAAUAUAGUUGCUUGUCCAUUAUCAAAAAAUAAAUCGCAACCGUCUGAAAAUACUACCACUUCACUAUCGACCGUACCUUGUCCGGCACUAUCAGGAGCAGUUGCAGAAGAUGCUCAAAUGUUUGAUGUUUUGCCAUGUCCGAAUAUUGAACGAUUCCAAAGUCGUUAUGCUGUAAUAGUUGAUGUCUCACCGAUGGAUAGCAAACCUAAAGAACCAGAUCCAGAAACGGAACGAUUAGAGAGGAAACAAAAGGCGGAAGAAAGAUGGAAAAGUAUCACGGAAGUUAGUGACAAUAUUAUUCCCAUUGACUACCCCAAUCCCGAUUUAAAUAACAGCCCUCUCGACGACUGCAUAAUAUUAUGUUACGCGAACCAGGGAUCGUGGGAAAAGUUGAUAGAAUUGUCGGCGAAUCUAUUGAAAGAUGAAAGGCUACCGUGCGAUUUCGACGGGGAACUUGACGAAGAACAUGACGACAAUUACAAAUAUUAAGAAUAUU